AUGACAGAAGGACCUGGGCAAAUGAAAGUCCUACUCGUUGAAUUUCAAAGAGCCAAAAGUUUUGAAAUCAAAACAAAUGAACUUAAGGUUUUCGACAAAUACUAUGAAUUUUUGGAUAUAGAAGAAGCUGAAAUGAUGUGUAAUAUUGAUACUAACUCAGAUAGAAAAGACAUUAAAUUAAAAGAAGCUAGCUCAGAUGGUAGAGCUAAACCUGAUGAUAGAGUU